GGGGGCCUUCGCGUCGUCCCUCCUGAGCGUGCACGAUCCGCGUCGGCUUGACCCCAAAAUAACAGAUAAUUACUGAUUUAAAAAAAUUCUCAUUUCAUGAUUGUCCACUUGAAAUGUUUAAUUCUCCAGAUUUGUGAUGUAUUUUUUGCAACUUUGCAUUUCUAAUUGAACAUUUCCCCCUUAUUAAAAAACAGAAACAGGUAUGCCCCAACAUGGACUCUCAGCUGGCCUCAGUCCUGACCAGUGGCAGCUUGCAAGUCCAAAAUGACAGUCAGCGUGGAGGGGCACCAGGGGCAGAGACUGUUUUGGACCCACCCAGCACCAAACCAGGUAACCUCAAGUCCUGCUCCAAAGCAGCAGGGGCCAUCAGGCAAGAUGCUCAAUCAAUCAAUGGGAAAAAGCCAGAGGAGGGCGGGGCUUCAGGGCCAGCCUCCCAGGAAGCAGCUGAGACGGGUGGGCGGAAGCAGCCAAUUACAGCUCAGCCUGGAGUGCCUGUUCUGCACAGGGAGCCAAUAAGAAUCAAAAUUGUUGUUCCUUCAGGAUGCAAGAGGCCAAUCGCAAAGCCUGCCUUCAUCCUGACCAAAGACUGUGCAGCCUCACACGGGAAAGGACCGGUUCUGGUCUCUGCUGGAGCCAGUCGCCCCAUCAGAGGGAAAAAGAGCAGCCAGGUUCCAAAAUCAGCUGCUAAACAUGAAGCAGACAUCAGGAAAGGUUCUUCCCAAUUGGGAAGGACAAGGCAGGAAUCUGAUGGGACAUCAUUCCAGAGGGCGGAGAGCCCAGACCCAUGGGUUUUGAGUGUGGACUGGUCAGGGAAACGUUUUCUAUCUAACACGGAUGCAGGUAAAACGCCCGCAGAAAUGGAAAAAGAGCGGAUUGUACCUCAAGUGAAGUGGUCCACUGAGGUGGGAGUGGAGGAGCAGAUGGAGCCGCUGGAUCUGAGCUUGCCUAAGAGGAGAGUGCACGGCGAGAGAGGCCGCGGGCGGCUUCUGGGCGGUCCCAACAGCGAGAGCCCACUGAUCAUGGAGGUGGAUGAAUACGAGGGAGACGGAGACAGAGACAUGGUAGAGGAGGACAGCGAGGAGAACUCUGGGCUUUACCUCGGUGGCGUGGACACAACUGAAGGAUUUCUUCUGUCUCCCUCCACCUUUAUGUCCCUCCCCCCAGAAGACUGUGACCCUGAAAACCUUCUCCUCAUCGACGACCAGGGGAUCCCGUACAGGCUUAGUCCAGACGGACUCAAGGUACUGCAGGUCGACACCUCCAUGUCAGAGGGUCCUCAGUCCGAUCAGGUCAGCACGGGGGAACAGGAAGUCAGGCUUCCAGCAGCAGGUCAAAGUUCAGACGCUCCGUCUGAUGAACUUCACCUCCCAUCAGCCUCAGCUGGUGAUCCAGCAUCUGAAGACGGGGGUCAGAUCCCGGCUCCAGAGAUCGUCACGUGCUUGAUGACAAACUCUGACUCUGCAGAGGUGAACGUGAAGGCCGCUCAGGAGGAACCCCCUGGGAUGUUCCUCCCUCCUCAGCCCAUUCAGAUCCUCACAAACCCCACAGCCAACGCCCCCCUUCUCUUCCUGACUUCCUCCUCCUCUUCCUCACUUCCGGCUGGCCUCUCGCUCCCUCUCUCCUCCGCUCAGAUGUCACCAGGCGCUUCCACACCCAUGUUUCUCCUCCUCUCCUCUGUAUCCUCCUCACCCGAUGACUCCGCCUCCACCUCCACCCCUAUUGCCGUCCUUGACCCCUCCACCGGCCAGCUGUCCCAGGUUACUGCAGCCUCGGCUCCGGCCUCUCUGGGAUCGCCGCUGCCCCCGCUUUCCAACCCCGUCAUCUCUCGGCUCAUCCUGUCAGGGGUGAGCAGCCUAACCUCCUCUCCGGUACUCACCUCUCUCGCUGUCCCUCUGCAGGACAACCACCUCAGCACAGCUCUGAUUCAGACUCAGAUCAACAACUCAGACUCUAGCCCAGGAACCGAAGCCAUGUCUGCAGAGGAAAGUGAAAACAAGCCAUCAACUUUUGAGACAAGUCCACAGACUCAGUCUGCAGCACACGACCUCUUAGCUCUGCCUGCUUCAGAGGCAGAGGCCCAAUCACCAGCCUCAGAACCUAAACUGGACUCCUCAGAUCUCCCCUCAGAACAUUUACCUCUCGAUGACCACCUUUACUUCUCUAACUUGGCUGCUCCUCCUUCCCCUCCAAUCGGACCCCUCCUUCCCUCGGGGAAACUGGACUCCCUUGAGGCCCUGGACCCCCUGUCUCCUGCGGAGUCUCCUACCAAUAUGGGCUCCCGUCGGGUGCUGUGCUGCCAGCUGUGCCCGCGGAUCUUCUUUUACCUCUCCGACCUCGAGCGUCACGCCAUCACACACUCACAAAAGAAGCCUCAUGUCUGCCAGCAGUGCGGCAAAGCCUUCAAACGCUCCAGCCACCUGCAGCGACACAAGCACAUCCACACCGGCCAGAGGAACUUUGUGUGUCCCAUCUGCGCCAAGCGCUUCAGGGAGGCGGGAGAGCUCCAGCGCCAUCAGAGGGUGCACACUGGAGAGAAACCCUACCAGUGCCAGCUCUGCCACACACGCUUCGCCGAGCGCAACACCCUACGGCGACACAACAAACGAAAACACCCGUAUCACCAGGUAGCCAUGGAGAUGCUGAACGAAAGACGAGACAGAGGAGGAGACGGGGGAGGAGGAGUUCACGAGGAAGAGGAGAGCGCCGAGUGGUACAGCUCUGCUGUGUCGACUCUGAAUAACUCUGAGUCCGAGACAGAAAGUUAAACGGUGCCAAUCAGUGGGGUAGAAACGUUAAUACUCAAACACGGGAGCCACGGAAACAUCUAUUCAGUGUAUUUAUACGAAUGCUUAAUUUCCCUUUAAUGGGCUGAAGGUAGAACCUGACUAAAGAAGCAUUUUAAAGGGAAAGCUCAUGUGUCAAAGCAGCAAUCCGGAGAUUUCCCCAUUUCACAAAUCAUGCAGGAUUCUUUACAAAUCUGUAAACGUGAUGGUCUCACCCUGUCAUGUGAUGCAAUGUAGGCAAUACAUCCGCCCUUGUCCCAUACGGCUUCAAGCCAUUUGAAUUGAGCGCUGCUCAGUUUUAGCCAAUAGACAUCUGCUUACGUACAGAUGUCAAUCACAAAGUGCGUGAGUGUUUGACGGUGUACCUAGGCAGAUGCAGAGCUGGCGACGUUUCUAAUGGACAAGUAAACACUGCUGCCCACACUGGGGGGUAUCAGCAGCAGCGGGACGGUUGUUGGUGGCACGUCGGUUUUUGGUGGACUCGCAAGAUCCCUCUAGACUUCGUCUGUCAAUAAAGCCAAAAGAAGAUAAAGGAGAUCAUGUCCUUGAUGAAAAAACACUGUUGCACUUGUGGAAAGAUACUGGUGAUAAAUGAGCUGUCAGGUCACACAUGUAGACAUAAUCCAGCUCAGUGGCCUGGUAUGAGUGUCUGCCCUGAGACUGGGAGAUCGUGGGUUCAAAUCCAUGGUUGGGUCAUGCUAAAGACUUUAAAAAAGGGAUCCAAUGCCUCCUCGCUUGACACUCAGCAUUAAGGGGCUCGAUUGGGGCGGUUGAACCACCAAAUGGUUCCUGAGAGCGGCUGUGUCUGCAGCUCACCGCUCCCCAGAACAAAAUUCACACACCAGUGUGACAAUUAAUGGGACUUUAACUUUAAUCUACACAGAUAAGACAUUGCAUCACUGCAAAAGACUUUUAUUUUGAAAAUUGCCAGACGUUUUACACUGAUACCGCUUGUGAAUUCCUGUCUAGCUCUAUGUUCAUUACGGGAAUUGGUGCACCCUGAAAGGGGCAAAAAUAGAACCCAAUCCCGUCUUUAGCGGUGCGGCGCAGCGAGCGACUUCCUGAAACGUUCCGUGCCUUGGCUGGUUUGGAUCAACCCCGUAGACCAGGGGUGUCAAACUCAUUUUAGCUCAGGGGCCACAUUGAGGGAAAUCUAGUCCCAAGUGGGCCGGACCGGUAAAUACAAAAAAAACCCACUUCAGAUUCUUUUCUUUGUUUUAAUACAAUCAAUGUAAAACAAGGCUGGAGCCUGAGGACAGUGUAGUACAAGUACAACACCUGAAGUGUACUUGAAAAUAUGAAAAAAAAAAAAUCAACAAAUAAAAAAACAUUCCUUAGUGAUUCAAAGAGCUUACAGAUCACAUGGCUAGAUCAGUUUCAUGCAGCACUUAAAGUAUAUUUGACUCAUUUUACUUAACAUCUUUUAGCUUUCACCAGCACAUCAACAUCAGAAGUCACAUCCUGAGUGGCGGCCAACUUCAGGAUGUGAUUCAAGUUCUUGUGUGAGCCUUGAGCACAUUUGUUUUAUUUAUACUCAUUACAGAGGAAUCUUGCUCACAAAGAUAAGUUUAUUUUCACUUUACAUUGUAAAGUAUGAAAAUAAAGUUUACACAACCAUCUCGCGGGCCGGAUUUAACCCGCUUGCGUGCCGGAUCCGGCCCGCGGGCCUCAUGUUUGACACCCCUGCAUAGACUAUAAUGGAUUCUAUCUAAAGCGGUGACGUUCCGCUGCCAUUCUGCGUUGGUGUAGCCUCCGGUGUGGACCCGGCUUUAAGGAGAGGGGCUUAAUGUGCAAUACACUUUUCCACCUCUAGAUGGCGCCCUCUGAGAAAAGACCCCAGAUUUCUGCUUUAAUACAAACGUCAUCACGCUCCCGUGAAGUUGCGUUGCAAUGCAAUCCGUGAAAAACCCUGAAGUGCUCAGAAGAGGAUAAAGAUUAUUUAGUCUGAACAAAUCUCUGCUGUGGUUGUAAAUACCGAGAUAACUAUUUGUAAAAGUUGCACUUCUGCACUCUUCUUUAAAAGAUGAAACCUUUCCUACCGUCAGAGACACUGUGAGUUGUUUGCACUUGUUUUUUUUUUUGGUUCUGAGCUCUGUUCUGAUAUGGUGAAUUAUGUUAAUCCCGCUGGAUUUUCUGAUUUGAAGUGUUUAGUUCAUAUCCUGUAAGAGUGUGACGAAAUCUUUAUUCUAACAUGAACACUAACAUAUUUAGAUUUUUAAAAUGUGGUUUAUGUUAACUUAUUAAAACAAAGUUUUCACAAGCAUAA